AUGAUUUGCCCUAUCAGGGGUCGUGAUUGUUUAUACCAGAAAUCCGUUCUAAGCGCCCCGGAGAAAAACAUUAAGUUGGAUCCGAGGGGGUUAUAUGUAAAGGAAUGUGGCUCUGAGGCGGUGGCCACGGAGGAUGAUGAAUUGGAAGAGGAGGAUGUCGAGGAGUUGUUCGGUGACGACGAGGAAGACGAUGAUGAGGGGGAAUUGGAGUUAGAGGAGGAGGUAGAUGAAGAGGACGACGAAGAGCAGGACGAAACGGAGCGUCUCGCGGAGGUCCUCGGUGUGGAGGUCUUUGAGCGGGGUGAUGGCGCGAGCAGUAACACCGAUCGACCCAGCAUUACCCCCGCCGACCAGCAGGAAGAGACCAAUCGAGCUGAGGACAGGAAGUUGCUUGCUCUCAUGGCUCACUUUAAUGACGAUCAAUUGAGUCGGUUUGAGUCCUACAGACGCGCCACCUUUACAAAGUCUGCUGUCAGUCGGCUCAUCCAGUCGGUGGCACAGACUUCAUUUUCUCAGAAUGUUGUUAUUGCAAUGGCUGGAAUUACAAAGGUUUUUGUUGGUGAAUUGGUCGAAACAGGACAAGUAGAUCAGCUGGAACCGGAAAACGCAUUCUACACCACUGAGGUCGGGAACAGGUGCGAGAGACACUACUGUGGGGCGUGCGGAGAAUGCCACUCAACGAAUAUCUGCGCCUCCAUGCGACUGUUGGAGCACGUAACAGGCACCAGCCUCCCUGACGCCGCAUUCCAUGCCUCGGAAGCCUAUGUCAUUAACGACUACGUGCAACGACGCUUUCAAGCGGAGCGCCGCAAACUGCGUCUGGAACACCACUGUAAACCCACCGGACCCUUCCCCCUCCCUCACAACACUGGCUAA